AUGCCACCAACCGCCACCCAGGGCGAGAAUCUACGUCGACUUCGCGACAGCCCCGUCUGUAUCAUUUGUGGAAGACCCGGCGAAGCAGCAACAAUCGCAAGAGCCUUGGGCAUCGAAAACCAAGUCUUUCAAGGCCAUGAAGUCGCCCAAGUCGACAGCGCGCAUACAUUCUACUAUGGAGAAUUCGAUCUCGCUUCAGGCGAGAAACUCGGCUAUGUGUUGACAAGCAGCACGCGUCAGGGUAUCCAAUCCUUCACCGUCCACGCCGCCCUUCUCUUCCAUAUCCUCCGUCCUAGGUUUGUGAUCCAUGCUGGAGUGUGUGCGGGAUUCAAGGAUGCUCAGAAGACGAUUUCAUUAGGUGAUGUCGUCUUUGGAGAGAACGCAGUCAAUUUGGAGGAAGGUAAAUUCAAGAAGUCCGACUCCGGCGAUAUUGUCUUCAUUCCCGAUUACAACAUCGUUAGCGUUCGGGCAGGGGAUAUGCAAGCGUUUGCGGACGAUGGAGUACGGAAAAAUUACCACUAUGGAGAUUUCAUCAGUGGAUCUGCAGUUCGUGGAGAUGCACAGAUGAUCUUCACGAAUAUUCGUCAACAAAUGAAACGAAAUUCCAUCGCCGUCGAUAUGGAAGCCAGUGCUUUCCUCGAGCUGUGCCAACAUUUCUUCAAGGACAGUGCUUGUCUGGGUGUGGUCAAGGGAAUUUCGGACUUUGGAGACGAAUUCAAAGGAGAUGACCCCGAUGUGAAGAAGAAAGCGCUUGAGAAUACGGCGGUUGCUCUGCAACAGUGGAUUACCACGAGGAUUUCGAGGAUAUACUGGGAUCCUGAUUACAGUAAAGAACCCGCCGCCGAAAUCGUGCCUGGAUAUUAUGACAACUUUGUUCGACGAGUCUUGGACAAUGUGAAUCAGGGGUUACCUGUGUCCAAAAAGAUCAAACAUGACGAGCAUCCAAAAGCCCUGCUUCAAAAUCAACCUUCUACUGUGUUGGAUGGAAAGAAAAUGGCUGGCUUCAAGAUCGUUUUGCCCAAAGACAAUCAACCACGACAGUACAGCACCCUUGGACCUAUUUCCGCGGUGUGCAAGAAAUACGGUAUCAUCGAGGUCGAAGUUGGAGGAGACCAUGGAAAACGAGGCCUAUACCACGCACGGGGAUACCUGAUCGAUUUCCCCCGAACUGUCAACAGGUAUGCCGACACCUUUGACGCGACGUAUCAAGUCAAGGUAUUUGGCGAGCUGUUGAAGAAAAAGGAAUACUUUGACUCUUCGUCCGAUAGUGUCAAGGCCACGGUAUGUUCAUGGGACGAGUUCAUUGCAUGGCUGGAAAUACCCGACGCUUUGAACGGAUUGGAAGUGGAAGUCACGAAGCUUCAGAACGGAGAUCUUAAUGGAAACAAUAUGUCGAGAUCUCGUCCAACUGCUACAAAGAGUCGGUCCAUGUCUCGUCUUCGUGGAAUGUUUCUCCGUCCGAAAGUGGCGGCGUGA